AUGCUAUUCAACAUCCCACACUGCAAAUCACAAGCUCCUGUAACCGCCGCCGCCGCCGUCGCAGCUAUCUCCAGCCCCCGCUUCUCCUCCGCGUCACUGCCCCUGCCGCUGCCGGCGCUGGUACCGCCACCUCCUACUCCGCUGCCCGAGGAGAGCCCAUUCACCGCGCUCCUCGCCUCUGAUCCCGCGCCGCCGGAGCCUCUCCGCCAGGUGCUCGCCACGGGCGACGUCCACGCCGCGCCCGCGGCCUCCCGGGCCUCGCGCGCCAGCUAUUCCGCCUCCUCCUACGCCUGUCCGCCAAGUUCUCGACGGAACGCGAGGCUCGCGACGGAACGCGUGGUGGCGGGCCACGGCGUGGCCCCUGAUGUCAGGGACUGCAACCGCGUGCUGCGCGUGCUCCGUGACACGGCCAGGUGGGACGACGUCCGUGCUGUAUACGGAGAGAUGCUCCAGCUCAGGAUUGAGCCGACCAUUGUCACAUACAACACUUUGCUGGAUUCUUUCCUGAAGGAGGGGUGGAAGGACGAGGCUUCCAUGCUGCUCAAGGAGAUGGAAACCCAGGGGGGUGGUUGCUUGCUGAAUGAUGUCACGUACAGUGUGGUGAUUAGUUUUUUGGCCAGGGAAGGUCAUCUGGAGAACGCGGCGAAGCUGGUUGACAGCAUGCGGCUGUCCAAGAAAGCCUCAUCCUUUACCUAUAACCCACUUAUCACUGCGUUGCUUGAAAGGGGUUUUGUACAAAAGGUUGAAGCUUUGCAUAUGGAGAUGGAGAAUGAGGGCAUUAUGCCUACAGUGGUGACAUGCAAUGCCAUCAUUCAUGGGCUGCUUAAAAGUGAGCAGGUAGAGGCUGCGCAGCUGAAAUUUGCGGAAAUGAGAGCAAUGGGCUUACUGCCAGACCUGAUCACGUACAAUUCUUUGCUAAAUGGAUAUUGUAAGGCAGGUUUGCAGCCAGAUUGCUUUACCUAUAAUACAAGGAUUUGUGCGGAGCUAACCCUAGGGGAUACUCCUAAGGCUUUCCAGUUGAGGGAGGUGAUGAUGUUGAAAGGAAUAUAUCCUGAUACGGUCACAUACAAUGUUAUUAUCGAUGGACUGUGCAAGACUGGUAACCUGAAAGAUGCCGAAGAUUUGAAGAUGAAGAUGGUCAGUGAUGGUUUACAGCCUGACUGUAUCACAUACACCUGCUUGAUUCAUGCACACUGUGAAAGAGGACUCCUAAGGGAAGCAAGGAAACUUCUUAAUGGCAUGGUCUCAGAUGGUUUGCGACCCUCUGUUGUGACGUACACCAUAUUAAUUCACACGUGUUGUAGAAGAGGAAACCUUUAUUCAGCAUAUGGUUGGUUCCGGAAGAUGCUGGAUGCGGGAAUUGAACCUAAUGAAAUAACAUAUAAUGUGCUCAUACAUGCACUAUGCAGGACAGGCAGAACUCUGUUGGCUUAUCAUGAUUUUCACGAGAUGCUGGAAAGGGAUUAG